AUGUGUGGCCGGGUCUCGUUGAAUGCGCCGAGACCUGAGAGUUGGCGUCAUUUCUCCGCACCGCUGCCACGUGUUCGGCGAUUCGCGUCCCAAGCAGUCUUCCAGUUUCUUCGACGUAGUUGCUUUGUCCGCAACUACACCAGAUCCGGUAAACGACUCCAUACGGUUUAUGCCGUGGCAGUGGGUCUUUUGGUCUCAUCAGGUUGUGAUGAUGCUGCUGCUGCUUCUGCUGCUGCUGCUGCUGCUGCUGCUGCUGAUGAUGAUGAUGAUGAUGAUGAUGAUGAUGAUGAUGAUGAUGAUGAUGAUGAUGAUGAUGAUGAUGAUGAUCGUGGACCCUCUAAUGCCGCCUUCACUCUCUUUUCCCUUCCCAAUGUACCCGUCGACUGCCUGAGUUUGACAAACGGCUGGUGA